UUGCCGAGACCACUGAACACUUUCGAAUACCAUGAUAAGAUUUAUUCUCGUUCAGAAUCGACAGGGCAAGACGCGGUUGUCCAAAUGGUAUGUACCUUACGACGACGAGGAGAAAGUCAGACUUCGGGGGGAAGUUCAUAGACUGAUCGCUCCUCGUGACCAGAAAUAUCAAUCAAAUUUUGUGGAGUUCAGGAGCCAUAAGGUGGUGUACAGACGUUACGCUGGAUUGUUCUUUUGUGUUUGUGUCGACGCCAACGAUAAUGAGCUUGCGUAUCUCGAAGCCAUCCAUCUAUUUGUCGAAGUCCUAGAUGCAUUUUUCGAUAACGUAUGUGAGCUGGAUCUAGUGUUUAAUUUCUAUAAAGUAUAUGCGAUCUUGGAUGAGAUAUUCUUGGCUGGUGAGAUUGAGGAAACCAGCAAAGAGGUCGUUCUAUCCCGACUUGAGGAGCUGGAAAAGCUGGAAUGACGAGACCGGUGCUGCACUAAGUGAUUACAGCAGGCCUAUUUGUUUCUAUCAUAUCAAUCAUAAUCGUAAUUGCACUAUGAACUACCUUCCCCUUAUCUGUCCACCGCCCUCGUAGGUGGAUUAUUCUCAAGCGUGACGCUGCUUGGGCUCCCGCACCACUCAAUUUCUUUUGGAGUGUAGCGAAUGAAAUCGUUU